CGCCUCUGCUGCUGCUGCUGGUGGCAGACUGAAGCUCCGUUGUUGUCCUUGAUGGUGUGACCCUGACUUAACUACCACACUUGCUGUAGGUGUCUGCCAGCCACCCAGACCACCACAGGUGCUGGUCAACCAGGUGACCCUCAACACACAACAUCAGUGCAGACAACCACCUCCUUCAACCGCUAAAUAACAACAAAAAAGAAGAAAAAUAGGAGGAGCAGCAGACAUUGUUGGUGCUGCCGGCUGCCGCCUCUACCACUACUGCUGCCAUCACUUAUAUUAACCUCAUACUCGCUUUUCUUCUUAUCUACUCUCACUCUGUGUCUACCUGGAUCAUCUACCUAUCUACCUGCUUCUACCUGAGGGAUAUAUAACAGUUAUAUAAGCUAUAUUACAGGAUGCCAGGAUAUUAUGACAAAGGGGAGUACGACUCAAGAGUCGGUGGUGGUGGUAACAGCAAUCGUUACAGAGGAAGAGGCCGAGGGCGUGGCAACUAUAGCUGGGGAAGCAGCAGAGGUAGCAGCACUAGUGGAGGUGGUGGGAGGGAUUACAACCAUGGUGGUAGCAACUACAACAGUGGGAGAUAUCGUGGAGGUGGAGGACAUGGGGCUUCUGGAGGCUACCGAGAGUCUGGGGGCCAUGACAGAUAUGGAGAUUUCCGGAGAUCAAGUGCACAAAUGGAAGUAUGGGAUGACGUUGGGUACAGACACACAUCAGGUGGUGGCGGUGGUGGCGGUGGUUACUCAUCUCGCAUGUCCAAUACUGGAGCAUCUGGUGGGAUGGUUGGAGGAGGCACGUCAGAUCUGAUUGGUUCCCUCAGUCGACUCAGUCAAAUGGGAAGCGAUCGAUCAAAGCUGGCCAUGAAUAUCUUAAAUGCUGUUUUGUCUACAGAUUCAUCAGUGGGCGAGAGUCAUGAUGGUUGGGACAAUGGACCACCCAGGAAGAUAAGGCGUACGGAGUGGGAUGGAAUGCAUCCACCACCUGCGCGCAGGUAUCCCUCGCGUGUCCGUCGCUACAGCCCUCGGCGGACCUGGGUACCCCGUGGCCGAGGUGGCCGCCCCUACUUCCCCGCUGAACAGCAUGCUGGGAAUGAGUACCAAUCCCGGAAAGUGGCAAGGGCCCGGCGUGGUAAGCCCUGGCAUGAUACCAGGAAUAGUAAGGGCCCUGCCAAGGACCAGAAGGUGAAGGAUGAGGGAAAAUCAUCUGAUGACCCAGAGGGGGACACUGCUGAUGCAGAGGAUGCAGCUGAUGCCAGCCAGAGUGAGACAGAGAAGACUGUAAAGGUAGAGGAAGGCACUGCUGAGGAUAUAGAGAGUGAAGAUGAUGAUGACACAGAGGAGAGGAAAGAUAAGGAAAAGCAGUCGGAUGAAAUUACUUGGCUGCCGAAGGAGGCCCUCCAUUGUCACAUGUGCAAUCUCUCCAGGAUUAGUGUCAAGUCGUAUUUGCGGCACCUGGAGAGCAAAAAACACGAGAAUAUGAAGUAUUCAUUCCAUGCCAAGGGUGCUGCCAUCCUGCAUUUCCUGAGGGCCGAGUCUAAGUUAGCAUCACAGCGGAGAAUGUUGAAGAGUCAGAGACGGGGUAUUAAGGGCCCUGUGAUGCGCUGCCGCAAGUGUCAGUGUGAUGUCUUUGGUUACAUCAGAGAACACGCCAAGACUGUAGAGCACAUUGCAUUGAGGAACUACCUCCGUGUUGACUGCUGCAACAACACAUACUUCAACAGGGCAGAUCUGGAAGAACACAGACUCACUCUUGUCCACCUUAAGAAUAAGUUGGAGCUUGAGCAGAAACAGAAGGAAGAAGAGGAGGAGGAGACAGAAGAUGCUGGUGUUUCCGAGAAUGAGGAAGGGAAGUUAUUUGCUAAAGCUAUAGCUCAGUUGAAGAAAAGUCCAGCUGCAGUAGUGACUGAUGCAGAAACACUGAUGCCUUACAACCCCUCCAUACCUCGAGGCUUAAACUUCAUUCAGGUGAAAGCACACUACCGGUGCGAAGUGUGCCCCCAGGCUCGGUUGCACACUGCUGAAGAAACUGUAGAACACUUCAAAUCUCUCGAGCAUUACAACAAUUUGAAGAAUCAUCUUAACAAAUUAGAGGAGGAGAAAGAGCUUGAGAAAAAGAGACUUGAAGAGGAAGCUGAAAAGGCAGAAAUAGAGAAAAAGAAACAAGAGGAGGAAGCAAGGAAGAGGGAAGAGGAAUCUGAAGCAAAGAAGAAGAAUGGGGAACAGGAUGAAGGGGAGGAGAUCAGUUUCGAGGACAUGCACAACAUGGAAACAGUAGACGAAGCCUCGGAUGAUGGAGAUAUGGAAACUGGUGGCAAAGUCAAUCAUGGAGCAGCUGAGGAUGAAGAAAUACAGAGUGGUGAGGAUUUUGAGGAAGAUGAUGAAGAGGGAGAGGGUGAGGAAGACGAUUAUGAAGAGGGCGAGGGUGAAGAGGAGGAAGAGGACGAGGAUGAGGAAGACAAUGAAGUGGAGCAGGAGCAGCCAGAAAGCUGUGGUGAAGAUGAGAAUGAGGCCUCAGUAUUACUGAAGGAUCAUUCAAAAGAGAAAAUUGAAUCAGAAGCUGAAGAGGAAGAUUGUCGCAUGAAGGAAGAACCAUCAAAAAAGACAGAAGAAACUGAAACAGUAAAGUCAGAAGCUGGAAAAAAAGCAGUAGGGAAGGUGCAGGAGCCAGUGGUGAAGGACGACGACAUGCCCAGUGAGGAUAAGACAAAGAUAGAAGUGACUUCUCCCCAAGGCAGGAGGGGUAGAGGGAGGGGCCGGGGACGAGCUGCCAAGAAAUAAGGCAAGACUGUUUGCCCUUAAUGUAGACCUGUUUACAAUUAUAGCAGUCAGUAAUGUGCUAGCAGACAGUUACAGGAAAGUAAAUUUUGAAGAUAGAAUUAGGGCUAGUUACUUUAAAUAGUUUGGAAAAUAUGGAAGUUUGUGUUUAGCAUCAUAAUGCUGAUCACCAUUUGUCAUGUCAGAUUUUAUAUUGGACUAUUUUAUGUAGGCUUUUUUAGCAUUUAUGGUUUCAUAUAUUUUAUGUUGAUAAAGCUUAAAGCAAACAUAUUAAUCUGGCUGUUGUAGGUGAAUCUGAUGAAUCCAGCAAUUAUUUGUGUAGCUCAACUAAUGAUUUUAGUGUCAUAAAUUGUAAAGAAUGCAAUCCCCCAAGAUGGAGAUAUGACUAAAGGCUUUUAGUGAUAAUUGAAUUAUGUAUGUGAUUGUAGUAGCUAUGAAGCUUUCACUAUUUCAUUUGUACAAAAUAUUUUGCAAGUAUAAUUGAGUUUUUUUAUACACGGCUAUCACAAACAGAGGGAAAGUAAACAUAUUCACCAUCACUCAUUCUGUUAAUAGCUGUAUUGCCAGAAGUGUAUGACAGAUCAUGUGACCCAAAGUGCAACAUCACUAUUUCUUCUGAGCGCUGACACUACUUACCAUCCCCAGGACUUGAGUCCUGCUAACCAGUUUCCUAGAAUCCUAGUAUAGAUGUUACCUUGCUCAUAUUCCAACAGCAUGUCAAGUUAUAAUAGCCACUUGUCUCCUCUCCAAUAUAAUACUCACACAAACUUUUUGUGUGCUCAAGCCUCAACACUCAAAACCUCUUAGCCACUCCCUCCAACCUCUCCUAGGACAAACCCUACCCCUCCUUUCACCCCAAAUUUAUGCACCCUUCUGUUUAUCUUAAUUUGCUCCCUCUCUAAAUGCACAAACUACCUUAACAACCCCUCCUCAGUCCUUUGAAUUAUACUCUCAGCAACUACACUUUCACUGGUACUCUUAAUAUUCUGCAUUAUAUUCUCACUAUACAUUGCUCUUAAACAUGGCAGCCCCACUCUCUCCAGCUUUCUCCUUGCUGCCAUGUUUGAAGUCCACUGAUGCAGGGAAAUGACAGUAGUAAAGCUUUAUUUUCAAUACUUAGUCCAGUGCUCCAUAAGCUCCAGGUUAGUCAGUAUCUUACAGUGACGUACGGUGGUUAUUGCCACGGGGUGUGCACUGUACUACCAUACUGAACCUACUACUCUGGCAUAAGUAUUACUCGAAAAUAUACAUACAGUAUUUCAUAACAGAUGACAAAAAUUAGUUUCCCCACUGUGAUCCAUGAUUAUAUUAUUGAGUGAGCUUAAUAUUUAUGAUGAAUCUACAUCUUUGGUGGGUGUGCAGCACUCACCUAGCACACCCAGGAUAUACAACCCUGGUAUCUAAGGCUCUAAGCCAGCGUAUUGUCAGUUUUUUCCUGUAUGUCAUGUUAUAUUUCUGUAUUUUAUUGACUGGUAAAUCCUAAUGAGAAAUAAAAGUUUCCACUAUUCGAAAA